UGCCCGAGUAGUGUGGAUACAAGGCCUAAACAUAGCAAUAAAUAUGCGUUUUUAAGGAAAACACUAUUAAAGUGGAUAUAGUCCAAGAAAGACAACAGUUUUACAGCAGCAUUGAGCAUGUUCCUGCUAUCAAAGAGAGCUUUACAGUGACGAUAUGAUCACUUACCUCAGGAUCCAGGAACAUAGGAAGGAAGCAGGAACGUAAGAAGGAUCCAGGAACGUCAAACAACAACAAUUUGACGGCAAAGAGGUUGAGGCUCACGAAAGUGACAGACGUCGCAUCAUAGACAGAGAUAAAGUGCACGGAGUUUUUGUCGAUAUACGGUGUUUUUUCAACUGUUCUGUCGUCUUACAAGCUGUCAACUUAUCAAACGAGAUAAUGAAGAAGACAACCAACUUCUUUCCCGGAAAGACUAUGGUGUCUUUCAGGAAGGGUCCAUCAGGCCAUCUGCGGCAUGAUCCCUCUGACGAGGCCAUGCGGAUCAAAAAGAACCCUUCUCUUCAGGACAAGUCUCCCCCUCAGAGACAUGACCUUGUGAAGACCAAUGCUCUCACUGUGGUCUUUGAGCGGGGAGGAGAUGUGUCUGACCGACUGGAGGUGAUGGGGGAGUAUGUGCUGCAGUUUGGAAAGUACAAGGGUAAAUUGUUUAGGUGGCUCCUGGAAAAUGAUGUUGGCUACACCAUCUACCUGAUGAAAAAGGUAGAGGAGGAGGAGAGAGAUGGGACCUUCAACCCUCAGGGACACAACAAGGACAGCCUGCUGUCAUUUCUGGACUAUGCCAGGAGCUUCCAGUUAAUUAGGGACCUCAGGGAGUAUCUAGCUUCCAGGCUGCCUGCGCCACCAGUGGCAUCAGAGGGUGAAAAUACUGUCGGCUUUGGAGCCAGGGCAAAGGACACCUGGAGGCAGAUCUGGGAGAGCAGGGCAGAUGGAUAUGCUGCCUUCAUCGUAGGAGUAAAGUGCAUCAAAAACAGCAAGAUGUACAACCUGCAGCAGUACAUCCUCAAGCAGCAGAGGGCUGAGUCUGGGGAGUCCUGUCCACCACCUGCAGGAGUCUCCACUACAUCAGCUGCCCCUACACCGCCUACAUCUAGCAUUCUAGCGAUGGAGGAAGACGAGGAGUUGGAGAGGGGGAUGCUGAAUCUGUCUCCCUAUAAAUUUGCCACUGAACUAAGACCAGCAGCAGUCUCCAGAGCCCCGGCUGUGUCUCCACCAACAGCACACAGGACGGAGCCAACAGCGACGGUUUCCAGACCUGCCGAGCCUGAUGACUCCUCUGGGAUUGUUGCUUCUGUGAAAGCCACGACAAAGGCCCCGCUGCCGGUCCCUCCUCAGCUGCUCGCCCUCGCCCCACAGCUUGGGGUAGAAGAACAGGCGCCUAAUGUGUUGAGACAAAAGCCUGGGAUAACAUCAGCUCCAUUUCUUCCUGAAGAGUUACCAUCAGUGGAAGCACAGAGAGACACUGUCCCUGAUGAAGCUCUGCCAAGUCCAGCACCAUCUGUCCCUUUAGAUGUGCCACACCAGCCUGCAGCCUCUGUCCCUGGCUAUGCUCAGGAUGUAGCGCAGUGGAACUGCUCCCACCAGCAGAAAAUUUGGAUGAAGACUGAGCUGGAGACGUUGGGGCUGUGGCCGGGGUCACGUCCUGUAGCUUCUUCUGGCAUUGGAAGGCCAAGAGUUAUCAUUGGCACCAGCGGCCAGUACUAUAUUUUAGCCUCACGGCUCACCUGCAAGGCCUGUAGGAAGUACUGGCAUGCUGACAAGCCCCAGUGGCUGGAGAAGCUACCAGAGCGCUUCAGCAACAUUGUUCCGGCUUUCCUAACUCACAAAAAGGCCAUCUGCAAAUCAGUAAUGGAUGAGAUGAUGAGCGGCAGAUCACCGGAGGACAUGGCUAAGCAGCUGACGGAGGCACUCCACCUUAAAUAUGAGAAAGCCCACCUGGCCUACCUGCUCAGUGUGCAGAACAUCAGGGAUGCUGAGGCAGGAGUUUACGGCCAGAGAACCAUCACUGGGCUUCUCAGACAGGCAGACACCCGGCUCCAUUCGGUGGCUACUCCGAUGCUGACGGCUGGUGUGGAGUGUCUAUUUCUUCUCACUACCUGGUCGACUGCCUGGUCCGACUGCUGUGCUGCCUUCACGGUCCUGGACCCUGGUCAUCAGGAGCACCUGCUGUGGGACUGCUGGAGGACAUCAGAGGCCACCGUGGCGAAGGCGACCUCUGGCAACCUCGCCAACAACAGUGCCUCGAGGAGCAAGUUUAACAAAGACAUCAGCAUCAAGUUAGACUUGUUUCACUGCAUGAGGCGCUUUACCAGGGAGUGUGUGUCUGAACAUCACCCUCUGUUCAGCUCCUUCUGCCAGUUCCUCUCUGCAGCAUUUGUUGUGGUGGACCAGAGGGAUCUACAAAGGCUCACAGAGGCAUACACCUUCUGUGGAAUCUCUCCUGCAAAUCAGACAAAGCAGCACAUAAGAGAGCACUGCAGGACAAGGGUGCCACAGCCGAGGGAGCUGCUGCAGAGGGUUGAAGAUGUGUUGCACCACUUCUACCUGGCAAAGGACGCCAAUGAUGUGCCCCUGUUUAUGGCCUCCAUGCUGAAGUUGUGGAGGAUCCAACGCGUCCACAUCCUGAGAGGCUGCCUGAGCGACCCUGACGUCGGGGAGGGAAUUCUCUACAGGAGGGCUUCCACUUUCACCAAGCCCAGUGGGUGA